AUGCCCCGAUCGAAGUACCUCAUGCGACGCGCACCGACCCCUUCAGAUUCGCAGUCCUCGGAGACGGGUGAGCUUUCUCAACACCAUCACGGGAAUGGUAAGACUGGUAAGAGCAGCGCGUCGGAGUUUGAGCUGACAGGAGGUCGAGUGCAUCGAGCAACGUCAUACGCUGACAGGCGCUUGCCAGCCGCACCGUCCGAAGCACAGGGUGGCCCUUGUGCGAGCUCGAAGGCUCCCGCUCCGGCAGAGGAGGCAGACUCCACUUUCCCUAUGCGAAGGCAGCCUUACUUGCAACGCCGACGUCAAGUGGACUUCCGCUGGGUGGAGUUUGACGGCGCUGCAGAUGCGGCCCACGUUGAUCCUGCAAGUUCAAGGGCUUUGGGGGUGCGUGUGUCCAUCCACGGCCGGGGAAGUCAUGCCGUCCGCACUGCUGAGGGUAUGAUGGCCAUUGCGCGUUUGGAUGCAGCACAUGUUAGCUCCCCGCCCCCUCACCCCAGAAAGGAAGCGAGCGUUGAGAAUCAGGAGCCAGUUCUGUUGAACAUCUACGACCUGGGAGAUAGCAAAGCGAUCCAGCGACUGAAUGUAAUCCUCAAGCCAAUGGGCUCUGGUGCUUACCAUGCGGCCGUGCAAGUCUACGGACAAGAGUGGAGCUUUGGAGGUCUGGGCGUGGACGAUCCGAUCGAGGAAGGCUUUGAAACUGGGAUAUGGAGUUGCCGUCCACAAGGCUGCAGACAGCAUUCUUACAGAGAAAGCAUUCAGAUGGGGCACACGAGUUACUCCCAUGCACAAGUUCUUGAGAUCAUUCGCGACAUGAUGGAGGACUGGCCCAUGAAUAGCUACCAGAUCUUGCGCCGAAACUGCUGUCACUUCUGUGAUGCACUCUGUCAGCUCAUCGGUGUGGGACCAUUGCCUGCAUGGAUUCUGAACCUUGCGGGUGUCGGUGCUUCACUGGAGAGUGUGCAGAGCUCCACCUUUCAUGCCACCGUUUCGGUAGUCAGUGCAGUGAGGGACUUGACGCUAAGGGUCAAGAAAAGGCCCUGGGAACCCGGUCUGUCCUUUACCGGGGGUCCGGCGCCUCAAAGCCGCUGCCUGCGAGGAUUGGCCCGAGCCCAGCAUGUAGAAGACGUCGAUGUUUGGGCUGAGCCAGCUUCCUCGCCGGAGAGACGGGCAGAAUGGCAGAAGGAAAUGGUGGCCAUUUUGGUCUCGGUUGCAGCCCUUUGGACUGCUUUGGACUGCCUGCUGGACCCUGGUGUGAAGCCAAUCGAAGACCCAAGCAGCUUGCUCAAGAUCGGCCUGCCGACCUCACUGCUGGUGGCCCCCGGGGCAGCGGUUGCUGCCUGCGCGCGGCUGCAACCUCGCCCGACCGGUCUCACUGAGGCGAAGAAGACCUGUGCAGUGUUUGUUGGUGACAGCUUGACGCAAGGGACCGUCUCCGCCAACAUCCUGCAGGUGUUGCAGGCUCGCUGCCAAGGCAUGCAAGACGUUGGAGAGUUUGUAAAUGCAGGACUGAACUUUCGAGCCCUCAGCGACGCCUUGGACUCCGACUUGCUGGAGGAGGCUGCGGCCUUGCAGCCGAGUCACGGACUCGUACUGCAGCUGGGGUCCAAUGACCUGAUCCGGUAUGCUGCGUUGCCUGCGGCCCUCCGAACUGCGGAGGAGGAUUGGCUGAGAUCCUACGAGGACCAGCUGAAGCAGGCGGUCCGCCGGGUUCGCCGAGCUUCUGUGGGCUCCUUCCCAGUGCUCCUGGCUUCGCCGCCGCCUCUUGGAGAGGACCUCGACUCCGAAGAAGCCCGGCUCGGUGCCGCUAUGGCUGCGGCCGUGCGGCGAGUGGCCGAGGUUGAAGAGUUUGAAGGCUGCCGCUACGUGCCACUCUAUGAGGCAUGCGCGGACCACCUCCGGGAGGCUGCAGCAAGUGGGAGUUUAGCAACCCAAUCACGAGCUUACUCAUUGUCGGAGUCUUUACUCCUGCUUUGCGCCGUUCCCUGGCAGCUCUACGCCGGGAAUGGUUCGAGCUUGAAGCAAAUCCAGGAGCAAGCUGGACUGGAACUGACAGUUGACUUGGUGCAUUAUGGGCCAACCUAUGCUGCCCUAGCUUCACAGCUGUUCGGCGAGAAGCUGGGGCUAAGCUGGUCGAAAGGAUGA